CUCAAAUAGUGAAUUUCCAAAAUUAUCCUUUUGUUUUUUCUCCCAUACCCACCAUCUGCUUCUCCCUCCCUCUCCACUGCAACUGGCCGUCAUUCACACCUCUCUCCGGUCGGCAAUCUCCCCUCUCUCCAUUUCCUUCCCUCUUUUUCUCUCUCUUUCCUUCCCUUUCCACAACACCACCGCCACCACUACCAGCGACCCACUGCUCUUGCUGCCUCUCACCGGUGGCGACUGAUGUGCCAAACUUUCUCAAUUUUGUCAUGUGCAGAAAACAUCAUAACUCUCUAUGAUGUUCCAAACAUUUGACACAUCCCUUUGCUACUAAGACGCUUGGAAUGCAAAUCAGCCUUUCUUUAUUAAAUUGAUGAAUUGUAAAGAAGACGCCGGUGAGGUUUCAACAGAUUUUGGUGUGGUGGACGAGGCGGCAGGGUAAUUUUGUAAAGAAAUUUAGAGUUAUUGUUUGAGUGUAUAAAAUUGUAAUUUGGUUUUUCAUUCUACACUUAAAUUAAAAAGUCAGAAAACAAAGUUUGAAAAGCUCAAAUUUUUUGGGGUUGCGUAUGGUAACGUGAUUCCCCCAUUAAAAGAAGUCCUCCAUUCUUAUCCUUACGUGGCUUUUGCAGACUAGUGGAGUAGUUCACUUUGGCUGGUCCAGUCUUUGCAUUCAUUACCCAACUUUCUAUUUUUGAAUUCUUCUUUCAUGAAUCAUGGCCCAAUUGCCUCACUUUUCCUUUGGGCCCGGUCACACCACUUCCUCGGUUCGAAAGAAAUUAGUUUGGGAGAUAAUAUGGAACCAAACAAAUACCUUAAAAAUAAUUCAAAUUUCACACUCAAAGAUAAUAUGGAAGAUGAUAUAAAAUAUGACUUAUAAUAAUAAAAAUAAUAUCCAUAUCAUUAAAAAGUAGUAAAAGAUAAUUUCUUAGAUCAUAAAAUACACAAAAUCUUUACAACUUCUUAAGGAAAGGAAAUAGAUUAAAAGGUAUUAUGUAAAUAGAAUCAUAAAUUCAAUAUAAAAAUAACCAAACAAACAUAACCUGCUUUUUAACCUUAUCAGGCCGAAACCAUUGAGUAUUGGGCCAAGCCUAUUGGGGCGCCAUUCAGUAGAUACGGUUCAUUUCACAUGACCCACUUCUCCUGUCGUCCCUUUCAUAAAUUCUUCAAUUAGGGUUUUUUCAAGCGAAUUGCAGUCAGUGCGGCGCAUGCAGCAAACGCAACUCUCAGCCAAAUCUGGAGGUAUGGGAUUUCAAUAGUUUCUGUUUUUCAAGAUUUACCUUUCUAGUAAGUCGUACGAUGAUAAAGAUGGUUGUGAUAUUUGAACUUCUUGCAAGAGAUGAUUUAGAGUCGGCUAAGGCUGUUUUUCUAUGGAGAGGAUCAAUUGAGGUACGAUCCACUAGAUCAUUGUAUCAUUGGGAGAAGGGCAAAGUGAUGAUAAGGAAUGCAAUUUUGGAUUUGGCUUAGAGGGUCUUGGGAACAUGUUCAUCAUUUGUGCCUCUCUUUUUUCUCAGACGAUAUGUGGAAUGAUACAAGGAUUUAUGAUUCAUUCCUAUACUAUUCUUUAAAAUGAGGGGUACGAGGAAGUAAAAUUAUAUAUUUUAGAAUUUUAAAAUGAUAAAUUAAAGUGAAUAAGUGUCAUUAUUUGUGAACUUUCCCAUCUUUGAGAUUGAGUUAUCAUAUCUUCUAGUAAAUGGGAUUGGUUGCAGAAAAAAAGGUAAAUUAGUGUUAUUAUAUAUUAUACAUGAUGAGAUUAUUGGCACAGGAAAGAAUAAUCCAAUAUCUUGCAUUAAAAAUUUUUUAGAAUAAUAUUUUUAUUUUACAAAUAAUCUCUGAAGUGGAAUAGAAGAAGCUUGAGUGGGAACUUAGAAAUCAUCUCUGGAUAAGGAAGUAAAAUUAAAAAAUUUGGUGACAUGGAGAUUAAAAGAUUUGAUGGAGUAUCAGAUUAACACACAAGCCCAUCGUUGGAUGAGUCAUAGAUAGGUUUGAUGAUGAAGUUAUAAGUCACAAUGACAAGACAACUGCUCAUUUGGAAGAAUUUCAAUUCAAUGCAAAGCUUUAAUCCUUAUUGGAGGAGAAAGAAGAAAAGUGUGUCACUACUCAUGCAGAACAAGGCAAUUGAUAUAAUGGAGGAUGGAGCUAGUGAUUCUGAAAUCUAUCUUCAAGAUGCCAAUGAUGAAGAAGAACAUUACUAUACUUCUAGUUCCAUAUCCAAGUUACAAUUUAGGAAAGAUGUUUCCAAGGCAAUUUGGAAUGAUGCAAUGAGAAUGGCUGAGGUUGUAGAAAUGAAGGGCAAAAUGUGGACAACAACAGGAAUGCUUCAUAGCGGCAAGAUCUAUUGCUCAAUUGAGGAGACUCUGUUUUUGGCUGAACUAGGGGCAUUGCAUCUAUUGGAUGAUAAUGAUGUGCCUAUUUCCUUAAAAGGUAUAUAUGAUAAGGUUUCACAAGGGAAGUGUGGAUGUUGUUGGGAGUCUUUUGAGGCUUAUAGGCACUUGAAGUCUCUUGGUUACAUUGUUGGGCGGCAUGGGAUCCCUUGGACUUCGAAGGGUGCCAAAACUUGUUUGGAUUCCCAUCAAGGCACCCCGGAAGGCAACAGUAGAACAGAUGAAGGAUCAGAAGAAGAAAAUUCCACCAUAGAACUGGUCAAUAAUAUGCACAUUACUGAAGUUAAACUGCUUUUUGAUGUCUAUCUUCCUAAUAGCAAGUUUAGGAAGUCUUCUCCAGGAGAUCCAAGUUUUGUGCUCUGCUUAACCAGGGGUCAUCCGCCAUUGAAAACAGAGAUUGAAGACCUUGAGAGACGGUGUGGUAGCAUACCUUUCAAGUUUUUCCAUGUAUCGCAUGGACGGGUCAGUUUCUUCUCCUUCAACAGAGUGGAACUUCCUGUUCUACCGUAGACAAUCUGGAUGAACUUUAAGGUGUACAAAAUAUGAUGUUUGCUUUGAGAACAUUAUCAACAUGGUAGGACAUGGAAAACCGUUGGUCCCUGAGGAAAAGGUCCUGUAAAAAAUAUCCAGUUUACUCAAACUUUCGUCCAUGUUAAUAUGCCUUUUGUCUUCUCCAAAAUUUCAGAAGGGGUGAUAUUAGACGCCUGCGAAUGGACUUCAUCAUAAUUGAAGCAGUGAAUUUUCAUUUCCCAUUUUUAAA